AUGGCCUCGUCCGGCGCGACGGACACGUACGGUCAUCCGAACCUGGGCGACGAGGAUAUGAUCGAUCCCGAUGAUGCCGAUCUCAAUGACUUCGACGACCCUAUCGGCACGCGCCAGCAGCUCGCCGGAAACAUCGGCUCCGGUGCUUCCUCCCGGCCGUUGAAUGAAAGCUACUUGACAUCGUCGAUCCCGGGCGAGGAUCGCAGAGCGCCGCAAAACACCAUCGACGAGACAGUAUGGGAGACGCUACGGCGCGACCUUCUUGCUGUUUGGGCGAAGCUGAGAGAAGUGCUGUACCCUCGAUACUUGCUGGGCGGCACCGUCUUCGAUUCCGAACGGGGCCUUCGCGGCGCCUACUCGAACAUUCGUGGCGCCGGCGUGACGGGCGCUCGGGACGAGCUCACCGGGCUGGCCAGCCGAGUCAUGGAUGCCGAAGCGCUGCUGCAGAGCAACCUGACUCCCGGCUUGCGUGACUGGGAUCUAUGGGGGCCUCUGAUCUUUUGCCUGCUCCUGAGCCUACUUCUCAGCUUCACCGCCCGCGCCGACCAAAAGGAUGCCGUCUUCAGCGGCGUAUUUGCCAUGAUCUGGCUCGGGGAAGCGGUCGUUACGCUUCAAAUCAAGCUCUUGGGCGGCAACAUUUCAUACGCGCAGAGCGUUUGCAUCAUUGGCUACACCCUGUUUCCCCUGGUACUUGCCGCCCUCAUGUCAGCUCUGAAGCUGCACUGGGUCGCGCGGAUACCAAUCUACCUCGUCCUCAUCUCCUGGUCCCUCGCGGCUGGCGUGAGCAUUCUGGGUGGUAGCGGCGUCGUGAAGAACCGAGUCGCCCUUGCCGUGUACCCGCUACUUGCCAUGUCGUUCCUACGCUAUGUGCCGCCACCAACCUCGCUCGAUACAACAACCACCGGGUACGACAUUUCCGAGCUCAGCCCUUCGCCAACAGCAGCAGCAACAGCCGCAACAGCUAGCUAG